GCCAUGGCAACCGGCCGUAACCGGGCCCGGUGCCGCCGGCGCCUGAGGGGAAGGGGCGAGAGGCGGGAAGGGCGGCCCCGGCCCUGCGCCGCUUCCCUCCUCUCUCCACAUUUCAGCCUCGGCCGCCCGCGGCCGCGAAAGGUUCUUUCGGAAACAAGCGGAAGGAAAGCGGCUUUUUAACGGCCAGAGGAGUUCUGCUGCGGCGCAGGAGCUGGCAGGGCAAAAACCCCCUCACCCAGGUGUGCUUCAGAACUACUGAGAGCGAGGGUCUCUGCUUCCGUGGCCCCGCGAUGCGAAACCUCUUUCCCUUCUUUCACACGGAGCCGGAUGACAUCAUAUGUCUGUCUGCCUCGCCUGUGGAUUUAUUUGCCGUUUCAAAGAUAGAGGCUGACUCUUGCGAUCUUCCGUGACCCUUCAAGGAGCCAUUUCAGUUCAGUUUGAAGCAUCGUUUCUCAUUUUAAAAUAGUGAAAGUGGCUCUGGAGAGACUUCUGCUUUUCUGCCCAACUCGGAACUAUUUUAAAGCAAAAGGUGGAGCAGCUGUAGUUAAUUUUCAGUAUUGAGAACAUUACUGCAGAUUUGAACUCUUUGCUACGUGGUUUUUAACGAAGAAGGAAGACUUUUCAACUCGACUUCAACAUAGCUUUUGAAGUUUAAUGCAAUUUUUCUUGAUUUGGAGACAAACAUUAAUUUUUGGGGUAUAAUUUCUUACUUUAGCUUUCUGCAGUCUGUAGGCUAGUCAGAGAAGCAGAUAACCUUCACGUUUGGCAUAUUUUCACUUAUUUAAAACCAAAAGAAAAAAUAACGUACGCAUUCCGUGUUGUACACUAAGCUGGGAAGAAGGAUCUGCAGCAGGUUUGGAUCUGUAAGCCUCUCUAAUAUUUCAUCUGGUUCGAAAAGGGGACGGAGCCAGAGGCAGGGCUGAUGCUGAGAGGUUCUCAAGAGCAUUUUGGGUAUGGACAAAUUCAGGAAGGCAGAAAAAGAGAAGUUGUUGAUGCCAGUUGGACUGACGUUCCCCCACUCCUGUUGCAAGACAAAAUGCUUUAGAGAAAAGUAAAAAGGAUAACUACAGUGAGCACUGGCGUUGCUGAGGCCCUCUCUGAUAAAGCUGCCUGCGCUCCAGCCAGCAGCAAGAACUGUAAUGGCUUACGUCGCGAAGAAGUGCGGCAUCUGCUUUCAGCCUCCGUCCAUUAUCCUGAUCUACAAAGAUGACAGCGAGGAGAAGACUCGCCAGCGCAUCAUGCCGGUCAGAAAUUUCUCCAAGUUCUCAGACUGCAGCAUGGCUGCUGAGCAGCUGAAGAAUAACCCUCGGCACAAGGCUUACCUAGAAGGAGUCUCACUACAUCAGCUGCAGAAGCUGUACAGUUUGCUGAAAGGUCAUUUGGAAGGAGAGAGCCUGGCUGAGAGCUUGGAAAAGUUUCGGCAGGAAGAGACCAUUGACCCAGAAGAGGAUAUGAACAAACUAGAUGACAAGGAACUAGCCAAAAGGAAGAGGAUCAUGGACGAGCUCUUCGAAAAGAACAGGAAGAAGAAGGAUGACCCAGAUUUCAUCUAUGACGUUGAGAUUGAGUUUCCACAGGAUGAGCAGCUGGAGUCCUGUGGCUGGGAUGUGGAGUCAGGUGAAGAAAUCUGAUUCCGGACAAAGAUGUGUUGGAUGGGCAGUUUGGAGACAAAUCUCAUGGCCCUGACAGAGAGAAUGAUGUCAGCAUACAUAUUCUACUGCAUCGUUUUCUGCUCAUGCAACUGAUGCACCUUACAUUGGCUACGGAGAACCCAGGGCCCAAGGUGCUACAGCAGUUCCAGGUUUAAGUGAACUUUGUUUAAGAAGCCAGACUUGAUGAAAUGGAAACGGGCAGCUGAACUCGGUGUUUUCAGUCUUUUCCUAUGUGCGAGUGCCUAAAAUAAUUUUCAAUUAUUUAAUCUUUCAUUUGUUUACAUUUUAGUCAGCUUUGGCUGAAAACCUCACCAGCUUGCCCUGCUGUGAUUUCUAUUCAUCUUUGUCUGAAAAGGUAGUGUUAAAUAUUUAUGUCUUGAAAGCAAUGUUAAAGCUUUAUUGUACAAACACGGUAUUUACUAGUUUUUGCUGGAAUGUUAAAUAUGGAUUAGUCUUUCUGGGUGAAUCAACACUGUGUUGAAAAUAUUACUCUCAUGUUUCCUGAGCAAUGCUUAAAUCUCCAGCUUCAGUUUACACAAAUAUAAAUCCUUCUAUUUAAGAAAUAGAAUAGCUGGAAAAUAAAUUAGUCUUGAAAGUACUUCUGAAAAUACAGUGAUUUCAAGCUGAAGCUGAGGUGUUUUGCUUCUUUCUAUUGCAAGAUAAUGCUUUCUGGGUAAGUGCUCAGUUCUGGGAAAAUGUGCUGAAACUAUCUGAAAAAAAAAAAAAAAAAAAGUGUGGUAGAAGAUCACAAAGGCUGGGGCUGGGUUUAGAGUAAAACAAAACCUUUCCCCCUGGCUGCCUCACAGACUGCAGAUCCCAGCUCGCUGGAAAUCAUGCUAGGGGAGGACCUGACAUGACAAGUGAAGCUACAGCAAAAGGUCCUCCACGUACUGGUUUGGUGGUCACCGAGAAAUUCAUCGCUGCAAACGAAUAUUUUACUUAUCCCACGGAAGUUUUUAAUCCCGCUGUCUACCGCAGCUGGCUUGCACUAGCUAAAUCCUUCUCUCUUGUGAGACUUUGAGGACUAUGUUUAGGAUUCUUUAGAGAAUUAUACAACUCCAGAAGCUUCCCAGGUUCUGGCUUUCUGCACCUGGUGGCUGUGAGGGUCGUGAGUGGGACAAGUGUUCAUCCCGAGUUGAGUGUGCUCAACAGACUGCUCCCUGAGGUAACUAAGGAGUUGUAAAUUGCUUUCAAGACUAGUUUAGUUCCCGUCUUCCUUUUUGCAACCACAAAUGAAUUAAAAUGUGUCACUUUUAUCAAUAAAACAUCAUAUCAUAGCACA